AUGUCAUAUUUGACCAAUAACAACAAUAUCCUUGUGCGCUAUCUUUAUCUUUGGGUGUGCACAUUGGGAAAUAAAGAAACUCCUGAUGUGAGAGCUGCAGAGCUUCAAAAGUGGCAAAUUGUUCCUCACACCUUAGACAAAAUGCUGGAAUGGGUGCAUGUGAUGCAAGACGAGGAUUGCGUAGACUCCACUCGAGGAUAUCAAUUAGUCUACUCUUUGCCCUCUCCAGAAGUUGAAGGAGAAGUUUACCCCAUGUCUAUUCGCCUGCAUGGUUUUAUCAAGAUGUUACAAUUGGCUACUUUAGGCAAUUGGAAUGGGUCAUCGCAAGCCGUGGCUAGCUACAAUUUCUUCUUUAAGCGUGAUUCGCAAAUUGCUUCAAUCCACGCCAAACAAUCAUCAAAAUCUCUACAUGCAAAGAACAGUGUUCAACCAGAUUUCUUAGCGGCACCAGACAAUCCUAACCAUUAUUAUGAGCGGAUUAGUGCAGAAUGGAACACCAAUGACAAAUUGCCUGUCGCAAAAUAUAAUGCUACCAAUCAACUGACGGCGAUAAAACACCUUCUUCUGUCGCCUGGAGAUUUUGUUGAAGUAGGUGUAGAAUUUGAUAUUGUCGUAAGACGUGGUGCCUCCGGACAAAAAACGGUGAAAGUUUUCCCAACCUUCACUCAUAUUAUCCAAUUACAAGAGAGCGUUGCGGCAAAGUCAUCCAGUGACCAACCAAAGAAAUGUAGCUCUCACGAUGCAACUAUGUCUGUGAAAUGUACCAAAGUUAGACAAACUCUUGACAUUGCCACGCAUUCGCCCAGGUAA